UGACAGUGACAAACAAACAAAAUAUGACAAUGGUAGAGACAAAGUCAAAAAUAUAAAAAUAAAUUGAAUUUGUUUGUCUGCGACACACGACACACGAAAAAGGCGGCACAAGUUAAUGUUAAUUAACUUGAGUUCACAUUUGAAUCCAUUAUACACAAGAACUUCCGUACUUUCCACAUAUUUUAGUAACACACAGUAAAGUUAUAGUCGCAGUGGACAAAAUGUUGGAGGUUAUAAAUGGAUUUCUUUUGGUUUAUUUUGUUGUGUUGUGUACACUCAGUGUUUUAGUCCCUCAAUUAGUAAAACCAAUCGCAGCAUGUUUUGCUAGACCAUCGAAUGAGGAACGAUCGGUAUGGUCAGAAAUAAUAAAACUUAAAGCUGAACAAAAAGGGAUUUCUAUGAAAGAUGAGUUUGCCGCUUAUUCGAAGCUGCAGCGGAAAAUAAAUAAGCUAGAAAGCCAGUUGAAAGAUGAUUCGCAAACUCGUAUUGGGAAGAAUUUAGCGGUUAAAAGUACUGUUCAGUUGGUUCUGCAGGUUGGUGUAGGUGUUACAACCUUAUUGUCUGUCAUAUGGUUCAGGCGGGAACCCAUUGUGGCUUUGAAAGGAGACCUUUUUCCUCUAACAACUAUGCUAAGGUACCCCAGUGAUAUGCCCAAUGCCAUCUCUACUCAUGUCUGGGUUUUAAUAACUAAUGUCUCUAUCAGAACUCUAUUGAAACCUAUAAUUUCUUAAUUAAUUUAUUAAUGGUGUAUUUAUUUCUGUUGUUAUAAUAAAGGUUUUUAAUUUAU